GUGUUGUUGGAAAGAGGAUGAGCGCAUAGCUGAGCAGCGGGGCAGUUUGAGAGGAGACAGCUGAGCAGACAUUUCUGCAAAACCUGCGAGGAAUUUCAUUAAGACUUUCCUGAAGGAUCUCCUCCACAAUGGUCUGGUCCCUGGGCGGAGACGCAGAGCGACCCCAGCUGUCCGUGAUCCUUCCGCGGCUUUACCUUGGAGCGGAGAGUGACGUGACGCAGGAACAGCUGGCCUCUCUGGGUAUUUCCUAUGUCCUGAACGUCAGUCGCUGCAGCCCCCAGCCUUCUUUCUUGCCUCGCUCCAGAUACCUCCGGAUACCCAUUGAUGACUCCCUGUGGGACAACCUACUGCCUUGGAUCCCACAAGCUCUGCAUUUCAUUGGUUUGUGAAAGAGCGCCGACCCUCCAUUUCCCCAAAUUUCAACUUCCUGGGUCAGCUGCAGCACUUUGAGGGGACUUUGAGUCAGAAGGCCUAUGGUGGGGGCGUCUUCACCCAGCAGCAGGUCGAUCAGCUUCCAUCAGACACACCCCAUCAUGAGGACACAACACAGCAGGGAGGCUCCCUUUUACAUGAGAACAGGAACAAGCAGCAGGACCAGUGGAGCGUUUGUCCAAACCAGCAGCACAUCCAAAAACCGGCCUCCGACUCCUGUGAGCCCACCAAACCUGCAGCAAAACCCACACAACUACAACUCCCAGCAAGCUCUGCUUCGCUGUUAGAGAAACGAAAAGGCCUCACUCUUUCUUUGACACCCUUGGGAACAUGUUCCCCCUCCUCAAAAAGCCAGCAGCUAGGAGAUGGCACAGUGCCGACAGCUGUCUGGGAGACGAGAGGACAACUGGAGUCCAAAACACGGAGUGGCAGCGUCUCCUGCAGGCCAGCAGAGGAGACCCACAAGGAGCAGGGCCUGCUGUCUCCUCUCAGCAUCACGCUGAACAAACUGUUGGACUGGGGGGAGUGGGUGCUUCUGGGCGGUGCGUUUGUCCACCCGGUGAAGGUGGGACAGCCGGUGCUGCCGUACAAGUACUGAGGGUGGAGGGAACUUGUUUCUGUGCAUUUUUGUCCGCAUCCACCACAAGCUUGAUACAGCACAGGCUUCAUCGUCUUCAUGUAUUUAUUGUUGAAGAGAAUAUAUUCUACAUGAGAGAAACUGACACAUCCUGUUUAUUAGAGACAAACGUGACAAACAGAAACAGAAUUUCAGACUUAUCAUUUUUUGGUCAUGUGACAAAUACAGGAGUUCGAGAAUCA